UAUAAAAUACUAUAAACAUUUAAAAACAAAUAAAUAAUAAACAAAAUAAAAAAAUUUUAAACAAAUUCAAAACCGGGGAGUGCUACGCAAAAGGCGCGUGCAGUGCCGUGUUUACCGUUUAAUGAUCGUUGCCAACCCGAAUGAGGAAUUGUUUUAUAGUAUAAUUUACUAUUGUUGUUGUCACGAGAUUUUUGUGGUACAUCCAAAGGUUCUUCAAAGCGACAUUUAAGUUCCACGAAGAACGCUGCGCAAGAGGAUUUAUAUAAUUCUCUAUUAAAAUUAGCAUAAGCUGCUGACCUAAAUAUUUAAAAAUAGAACAUUUUUACAAUUGAACAACAAGGACAGUUGUAAUUGCAUCCUUUGUUUCCAUUAACUAUAAGUCCUUAAAGUAUAAGCACAGAUUUUUCCCAAGACGGGUCAGUAUAUACAUAUACAUUCUACAAAAUGUCAAGACCUAGAAACGAAUCCAAGUUUCGCUUGUUCAUGCAAGAGAACUCGCUUACAUUGUUCACAGUCACCGGUGUGUUCAUUGGAGGUUUAAUUGGCUUUAUCAUUAAAAAUAGCACAGGACCCUGGACAAAACGAGAAAUUAUGUAUAUAUCGUUUCCAGGAGAACUUUUCUUGCGUAUGCUAAAAUGUUUAAUUGUACCUUUAUUGGUUUCGUCCAUCACAAGUGCGAUAGGUGGUCUUGAUCUGAGCAUGUCAAGUAAAAUUGCUUCGAGAUCAAUUAUUUAUUAUCUACUCACAACAAUAUCAGCUGUGAUUUUGGGUAUUUGCUUGGUCACCACAAUUAAGCCUGGCCAAGGCGCCAAAAUUGAGGCGACACACAUUGAGUCUGUAGAUAAAGCCUCCAAAGUAUUAACUCCAGACACGCUAAUGGAUUUAGUGAGAAACAUGUUCACAGACAAUAUUAUACAGUCGACAAUGUUUCAGUAUCGGACAGAAAUCUUUGAAAAUACGACCAUAUCGCCACCAUUACCCAUGGAAGAAUGGGAUUUCAAGGGUGCACAAAGAGAAGGUUCCAAUGUUUUAGGUUUGGUUAUGUUCAGUGUUAUUUUGGGUACCACCAUUGGCAGAAUGCGCGAGAAGGGUCAACUGUUACAGGACUUCUUUACAACACUCAGUGAAGCUAUGAUGACAAUUACUUCAUGGAUUAUUUGGAUCUCUCCACUUGGAGUUGGAUUUCUUAUUGCUGCCAAAAUUAUUGAAAUGGACUCCAUAGCUUCUACAGUGCAGUCAUUGGGCUGGUACUUUAUGACUGUGAUGUUAGGCUUAUUCCUACAUGGUUUCGGUACCAUUGCCGUAAUCUUCUUUUUGGGUACAAGACAUUUACCCUAUCGUUAUUUUGCAAAACUCAGUCAGGUGUUGGCCACAGCAUUUGGUACUGGUUCUAGUUCAGCUACAAUGCCUUUAACAAUUAAAUGUUUAGAUAAUCUUGGUAUCGAUCCACGUGUUACCAGAUUUGUUAUUCCUGUCGGUGCUACAAUAAAUAUGGACGGUACUGCACUUUAUGAAGCCGUUGCUGCACUUUUCAUUGCUCAAGUAAGAAAUAUAAACUAUUCAUUCGGCACCAUUGUAGCGGUAAGCAUAACAGCUACUGCAGCCUCCAUUGGUGCUGCUGGCAUUCCUCAAGCAGGUCUUGUGACUAUGGUGAUGGUUCUCGAUACAGUCGGCUUGGAACCAAAGGAUGUGUCACUCAUUAUUGCUGUUGAUUGGUUGCUUGAUCGAUUCCGAACUACCAUCAAUGUCAUGUGCGAUGCAUUGGGUACAAUUUUAGUCAAUCACUUAUCAAAGAAGGAUUUACAAAAAGUAGACAGAUUAAAUGCCGAGCCACAUGAAUUACUGGAACUUGGUGCAAAUGGACAUGAUACAAAGGAAUAAAUAUCGAUUUCAGCAACUCAUCCCAAUCCAAAGUUUUUAGCUCAUAAUCGUUACGACAAAUAACUGACGCGAGUGUGCGGAUUGGAAUCUGUGUGCUUGCAUUUUGAUUAAAAAAAAAUUCUAAAUAUUUUUGCGCUUCAAAAGUGCAUUUGAUAACCGAAUUUAUUUUAUGUAGCAUAAAUUACAAAAAACACAACAAAUUAUAAUAAUAGUGACAACAAAACCAAUAAAACUUCCAAGUAAUAUACAUACAUACACAUACAAACAUUUGCAUCUAAUAUCGUUAUUUGCAAUGUGAAAAAUUGUACGGAUUACAUUAUUUACAACAGACGAGAGUCAAAAUAAUAUUAAAUAAAAUCAAAAAAUAUAUAUAUUGAACGGCAAUUCUUACAAAAUACAUGAAUGCGGGGAAACUGCAUUGCAUCUGAGACAAAUUUGAAAUAAAAUUACAAAAAUAAAAAUAAAAAUCAAACGAUACAAAAAAACCGCUGAAAGCGCAGAUAUUUUUAGAAAUUUUUCAUGGAAAUGAUAUUUUAAAUUAAAAAGACGUACACUUCUUGUGUUGAUUUGUGGCAUUUUUAGUUUUUAUUUUAAUUUUAAUUUUAGUUUUAAAAUUUUAUUACAUAUGUAAUGUUUGUUGUAUCGAUAAACAAAUCUAUCGAUUUAUUUGUAAAAUUAUAAUGUUUUUUAAAUAAAAUUUUUUUAAGUGUAAAAUUAUGCGAAAUUUCUUAUUGCCGUCUUUUAGGCAUUCUUUUAUUGGCCUUCAUAAUAAUUUUUUCGGAGCGAUAUUUGCUUGAAAUACAUCUCGAUAUUAUUGUUUAUCAAUUUAAAAGUAUUUUGAAUCAUAUACAUAUGUGACUAUUGGCCUACGAAAAGUUUAUGUAAAAAGAAUAAUAUAUACAUAUAUACAUACAUAUACAAAACCAUUACUGAAGCUUAAAUUGGUUAUUGAAAAGAAUAGAUAUUGUAUUGUUAAGAGUAACUGUACGAGUGGUUUGUAUUUGGCUGCUCAUCUUUAAAAUAUCGGUAAAAUAUCGAUAAUGCAUUGCCUUAGUUUAAAAAUUAAUGCCAACAAAUUUCGUGGUUUACUUAACAAUAACAUAACAAAAUUUUAUUGUUUAAUAAAUGAAAAAUAAAAUAAAUACUCUGUAAGCGCUUCAUGUUUAGGUGUUCAAAGAAGAAAAAAAUGAAAAAAAUUUACCCAUAUAUCGAUAACGAUAAAAGACGUAUACUUUUGAUAUGCAAAGUUAUUGAGUUUUACAUGCAAACUGCAAAACAUUUGUAAUGAAAAUGACACAUAAAAAACAUCUUCAAUCAAAUCAACUAUAAAAAUAAUAAUAAUAGAAUCAAUGAAAAAGUA